AUGCGCCACGACAUCGACCUCAUACUGGAGGAGCUCUGGAGGGACGCCGCCUGCAGGGACGCCAUACGCGCCGUCGCGGCGCGCAGCGAGGGCGUCCUGAGCGAGUUCCUGUCAGCGGUGCUCAACGACCUGAUGUACCUCUUCAAGGACUCGCUGGAGCGCCUGGCUGACAUCAAGACGAUGGAGGACAGCGCGGCGGACAAGAAGUCGUGGGAGGCCCUGAGCUCUGCCGAGCGCGAGGACAAGAGCCACUUUUUGGAAAACCAGGCAAGAGGCGCCUGGACAAAACGCAUGGCCAAGUCGUACAUGGGCCUGUCCAUAACGACCCUCCGCAUGCUGGACCAGUUUGCGGGGGAUGCCGCCACCGCGGCGCCCUUCAUGAAGCAGCCCCUGCUGGGCCUGUCGGCCUAUGCGGCCCUCCACUUCAUCGAGCUGCUGGUCGGCCCCCGCUGCGCCACCCUGGCGGUCAGGGACCCCUCCCGCUUCCUGUUUGACCGGUCAAAGCUGAUGUCAUCGAUGGCCAAGCUGGUGGCGCAGCUGGGGGCGCGGCAGGAGUUUGUGGCCGCGAUGGUGCGGGAGCCAGACUUUGAGGCGGUCACCCUGGAGGCCGGUAUUAAGCUGCUCAACGAGAACCAUCAGUACGCGCUGGGUGACGCCCUCGCUGCCGUCCUCAAGCGCACCGCCGACGCCGCGGCCGCCGCCUCCCCCGGCGCCGGCAAGCGCCGCCGCGGCGGCGCCGAGGCGGAUACAGACGCGGACAAGGGAGUCGGCGGCGAGGCGAUGGCGGUGGACGGGGGCCAGGCGGCGGCCGCGCCGCCGCCGGCGGGCGCGGUGGGCGCGGUGGCGGCGGCAGCGGGCGGCGGGGAGGCGGCGAUCGAUGCGCUGGUCGCGUCCUGGGCGCUGCCCGGGGCGGCAACGUAUGAGGAGGCGGAGGGGCCCUACAAGGAGGCGCUCUCGGACGAGAGCGUGGGCACGUUUGACGCGGGGGCGGCGGGCGCUUACAACAGCCACUUCUCGGCCAUCGCGGCGCAGGCUGAGGGCGACACCGCCCAGAAGAUGCGGCGGCUGGGGCAGGAAUUCAGGAAGCUGCGGGGCGCCACCGCGCUGCCCCUCAACGCGGCGGCCGCCAUCUUUGUGCGCCAGGACGAGGACCGGCCCGACAAGGCGCGCGCGGCCGCCGCGCGCCUGUCCUUGGCCAUCUUGCCCUGGCGACCCCUGCCGCACAGCUCCGCGGUUGCACUCGGACCAACACGCUGA